GGAGACUCCCUUCCCUGGGGAGGGGGCUCCUGCUGCCGCAGGUGCCCUCUCUGCCUCCACCCCGGCUCCUGGCCAGAAGCUGGAGGGGGCUUGGCCAAGAAGAGGGAGCAACAACUCAGCUGUUCUUUCUAGUUCUGAAAUAGAAAAUGUCUGCAGACGGUGGAGGCAUCCAGACCACCCAGGACAAGGAGACAGCCCUGGAGGUUCCAGAUAGCGGACAUCCUCGUCAGGAAAUGCUUUCUGGGCUAGGGGAGGCAGUGCCUCCAGGGGCCACUCAGGAGUCAUCCCACAUUAAGAUGGAGCCAGAGGAGCCACACCCCGAGGCGGCAUUGCAGGAGGACGGGGCUCAAGGUGCACGGGGCUGGGCACCCCUAAGUCAUGGCUCUAAGGAGAAAGCCCUCUUCUUGCCUGGAGGAGCCCUCCCCUCCCCCCGGAUCCCAGUGCUUUCCCGAGAGGGGAGGACCAGAGACCGGCAGAUGGCCGCGGCGCUCCUCACCGCCUGGUCCCAGAUGCCAGUGACCUUUGAGGACGUGGCCUUGUACCUCUCCCAGGAGGAGUGGGGACGGCUGGAUCAUACGCAGCAGAACUUCUAUAGGGAUGUCCUGCAGAAGAGAAACGGGCUGUCGCUGGGCUUUCCCUUCAGCAGGCCUUUCUGGGCCCCCCAAGUACAGGGCAAGGGCGAGGCCUCAGGCUCCAGCCGCCAGGCAGGAGAUGAAAAGGAGGAUUGCAGAGGCGAGUGCACAGGACCCAUCCAGGAGGGGCAGGUGGUGCCGACCCCACCCGUGGCAGCCCUUGGAGAUGUGAAGCCCUUCAGAAUCAGGGCAGGGAAAGUCCAGGGGGCCGUCCCGCAGUGUGCACAAGAAGCAGCCUGUGGCCGGAGCUCAGGGCUGGCCAGAGACGCCGGGCAGCCGGGGGAUCCAGACAGCACCCCGGGUGCAGCCCCGCCCGACCCCAGUCCCCCGGAGGCUCAGGAGGGCCGUGUCCCAGGGAAGCCCAUCGAGGAGGAGAAGGGCACCCCGGAGAGCGGCGAGGAGGGCUUGGCCCCCGACGGCGAGGCGGGCAGGAAGAGCUACCAAUGCGAGCAGUGCGGCAAAGGCUUCAGCUGGCACUCGCACCUGGUGACGCACCGGCGCACGCACACGGGCGAGAAGCCCUACGCCUGCACGGACUGUGGCAAGCGCUUUGGCCGCAGCUCGCACCUCAUCCAGCACCAGAUCAUCCACACGGGCGAGAAGCCCUACACCUGCCCUGCCUGCCGGAAGAGCUUCAGCCACCACUCCACGCUGAUCCAGCACCAGCGCAUCCACACCGGUGAGAAGCCCUACGUGUGCGACCGCUGCGCCAAGCGCUUCACCCGCCGCUCAGACCUGGUCACCCACCAGGGAACCCACACGGGCGCCAAGCCGCACAAGUGCCCCAUCUGCGGCAAGUGCUUCACGCAGAGCUCGGCGUUGGUCACCCACCAGCGCACGCACACCGGGGUCAAGCCCUAUCCGUGCCCCGAGUGCGGCAAGUGCUUCAGCCAGCGCUCCAACCUCAUCGCGCACAACCGCACGCACACGGGCGAGAAACCCUACCACUGCCUCGACUGUGGCAAGAGCUUCAGCCACAGCUCGCACCUCACCGCGCACCAGCGUACCCACCGCGGCGUGCGGCCCUACGCCUGCCCGCUGUGUGGCAAGAGCUUCAGCCGGCGCUCCAACUUGCACCGGCACGAGAAGAUCCACACCACCGGGCCCAAGGCCCUGGCCAUGCUGAUGCUGGGGGCUGCGGCGGCGGGGGCUCUGGCUGCGCCCCCACCCGCUCCCACCUAGGAGGCCAGGAGAGGGGGACCGGGGCGCCCGGGGCCACUGGGACAGCCCCACUGGAGUCAAGGCCCCGAGGGAGGAGAGAGGGGUGCGGGAAGGGAGCUGGGGCGGUGAGGGCAUGGGGUGGGGCAUGGCGAUGUGGGAGGGGCGAGGGUGAGAAAGGGCAGGCACUCUGGCUGCGAAAUUAAAGGCCUUGGACUUGAA